AUGUUUCAGUCUUCGAAACCAUAUUCGGCCGUGACCGUGCAAAUCGAAGUCCUUACGAGCGAAACAUAUGAAGUGGAGGACUCUAGCGGUAUCGUCGAUUUAAUCGAGGUUAUCCGCAUCCAGGCUAGCGGGCCAACGGAAGCGAGUCGCGCACUGCGCAAGAAGCUAAAAUACGGAAACCUUCACCGACAGCUCCGUGCCCUCGUCAUCCUCGACUUUCUUAUCCAAAAUGCAGGCGAACGAUUCCUGCGCGGAUUCGCCGACGAGCCCCUCCUCGAACGACUGCGCAUCGCAGGGACAGAUCCAGUUUCCGAUCCACUCGUGAAGCAAAAAUGCAAAGUUCUCUUUGGACAAUGGGCUGUAACAUACAAGGAUACGCCUGGCAUGGACAAGAUCACUGCCCUAUACAGGCAGCUUCCGAAGCGGAAGCAGCCUGCCACGCAGGCCAAGGCGAAGGUACUACGGGAAGGGUCAUCGAACCCAAAUGAACCCGCUAUGGGCCAUACGGUCUCCGUCUCGGCCGGAAAUGGGCCUUCUACGACGCUCAGUAGUCCGAAGCACAAGAGCAAAUCGAAGAAGGACAAGAAGGAGAAGAAACUUUCGAUUAGUGCCGGCAGGAGCUUCAGUCUGGAACGGGAGCGACCGGAGAUCCUACAGACACUUGCAUCGGCUUCUGUGGCGAGUACGGAUCUGUUAAAUGCGCUGAAGCUUGUAAACCGUGAGACGACACGAGUUAGUGAGGAUGCGGAGUGCAUCAAUCGAUUUGAGAAGUGUAAGAAGCUUCGACACAGCAUUUUGCGGUAUAUUCAGCACAUCGAGAGCGAGGAGUUCUUGGGGGGUUUGAUUCAUGCCAACGAAGAGCUUGUUACGGCCUUGAUGGCGUUCGAGGUGUUAGACAAGAGUGUCGACUAUGACAGCGACAGUGACGAUGACAUUCUGGGCGGAAACUGGCGGUCGAGGGCUGAAAUGGAUGAUGAGAUGAAUCAGAGCUUCAGCGGGUUGAGCGUUGGCCCGCCUAAGCCACCUCGUCCGACUGCUUUGUCUGCGUUAGAGGAUCUCGAGAGUGAAAGUGAGGAAUCAGAAGAAGAUGACGAGGAUAAUCCUUUCGGAGAUCGUAAUGCGAUCAAGACGUCUCCUGCGGCUGAGAGGAUGGGCUACACCUAG